GAGGUGCGCGUCCUUGUCUCGGCCUGGAGGGGGCGCUGAUUGCCGGGUUAAGGAUGGUGCAGCGGCCGUGGAGGCGGCGGCUGCCUGGGCUGUGAGCGCGGGGGCACCGGCCGGCAUGGGGCGGUGGCGGAGCCUGCUCCGGGCGCUCGGCUGCUUCCUCCUCUCCUUGCUGCCGCUCCUCGGGGCCGGCGCUGCCGCGGAUCGCCCGCUGCAAGUGCUGCACGGCUGCCUAUUUGACAGGAGACUCUGCUCCCAACAGGAAGUCUGUGUACAAGAUGGAUUGUUUGGUCAGUGCCAGGAAGGUUCCCUUCGAGAUAAGCCGUACUUCCAGGUCACAGCCUCUGUGCUCCAGCGUUUGCAGGAUGUGCUACGGCAUCUCAUGGCACAAGGUUUAUCAUGGCAGGAUGACCUUACCCAACACGUGAUCUCCCGGGAGAUGGAACGCAUCCCCAGACUUCACCUUCCACCUCCUUGGGAGUCUGUAGCUGAGAACAGGUUCCCACCUAGUCACCUGUCUCCAAGGAAAUCCUCUUUGCCACCAGAGCCUGCCUCCCUCCAGACAGCUCAUCAGCCUCCUCUCCCUCCAGUCCUCCUGCAGCGGUACCUGGAGCUGCUGUUGGCUUCUCAGCCUGAGCUACGCUACAAGGAGCCCUUCUUAUCUUCAUAUCCACAUCACCAGUUCAGCUACCCAGAUGGUACCUUCCGGGACAACCCCAAUGCUCACAGCGCUGAGCACCCUGUUCUGCUGGACCGAGCUGCUGCUUCUAAGGCCCUGUUUGGUGCCAGCACUGCUCCCUCCUAUAGGGGGCAGCAGGGACUGGAUGGAGGUCAACUUUUCCAGGACCUGGGAGCACUUUACCUAACACAGGAGCAGACAGGUAAAUCGAGAACUAUGGCGCAGCAGAAGCACGAUUCCAGGACGGAUGGCCCCUUUCCGGACUAUGGCGACAACUCUGAAUACAGAGGGGAGCCCCGGGCACUCCUGGCAGAGCCAGAUAGAGCACUAGAGAGGCUGGCAGCAGUGCUUGCCAGCUAUGGCAUCAGGCCCCAGGAUCUCACUCCCCAGCAUCUCAGCUCCCUUGCUGGUCUUCUCCGGCUCCUCAGGAGUCCAGCUGGUAGGCUUGGACCAGACACUCCAGAAUCUAAGCGGGUGACAGAAGCUGAAAUGCAACAUGGGGAGGAGCUGGAGCCACCCCCCUCUCAAGAGAGCUAUGUCAGUGCUGUGCCCACAGAGGGGCAGGUGCAGGCACAGAGGGAGACGCUUAGCCCAACUAAGGCCAAAAUAACCAUGACGACAGCUUCCCCAGAACAACCUGAGCCCCUCCGUGCUGGUGAGGGGGAAGCAGCUGGCCUCAAGAGGCAGGUGGCAGUGAUGAAGAAGAGCCACACAUCAGUAGGGGUACCUGGCAAGGAUGAGGACCGGCCAGAGACAGCGCUGGCUGCUGAGGAAUACGGCUACAUUGUCACUGACCAAAAGCCACUGGGUCUUGCUGCUGGCAUCCGGCUCCUGGAGAUCCUGGCUGAGCACGUGCACUUGUCCACUGCCAGUUUCAUCAACAUCAGUGUUGUGGGUCCAGCUCUCACCUUCCGCAUCCGUCAAAACCACCAAAACCUGUCUCUGGGUGAUGUGGCCAACAGGGCUGCACUGGUGAAGCCCCAGCUGGAGACGGAGGUGGGAGUGAAGAUCCUACAGACAGGUGUUGGGCAGCGCAACGAGGCUGCGACCUACCCGCACCCCACACACUUUGGCGACACCUUCCGCUCGGUGCUGCUCACCUUUGUCCUGCUGGCCUGCGUGGCUGGCAUUGUGAUAGCCGCCGCGGUGGUCUUCUGUCUGCGCCAGCAUGCCAAGCAGCGAGAGAAGGAGCGGUUGGCAGGGCUGGGGCCUGAGGGAGCGGCUGACAGCACCUUUGAAUACCAGGAGUUGUGUCGGCAGCACAUGGCUGCCAAAUCACUGUUUGGCCGUGCCGAAGCUCCCUCGCCCUCCGCUCCGGCAGAGAAUUCCCGCGUCAGCAGUGUCUCCUCACAGUUUAGCGAUGCACCCCAGGCCAGCCCCAGCUCCCACAGCAGCACACCAUCCUGGUGCGAGGAGCCUGUGCAAUCCAACAUGGACAUCUCUACUGGGCACAUGAUUCUGGCAUACAUGGAGGACCACCUGCGCAACCGUGACCGGUUAGCCAAGGAGUGGCAGGCGCUGUGUGCAUACCAGGCUGAGCCUAAUGCCUGUGAGGCUGCGCAGUGUGAAGCAAACAUCAAGAAAAACCGCAACCCUGAUUAUGUGCCCUACGAUCAUGCCCGCAUCAAGCUGAAGGCAGAGAGCAAUCCAUCCCGCAGUGACUUCAUCAAUGCCAGCCCUAUUAUUGACCAUGAUCCACGGAUGCCAGCAUACAUUGCUACACAGGGGCCACCGUCCCACACCAUCGCUGACUUCUGGCAGAUGGUGUGGGAGAACGGCUGCACUGUCAUUGUCAUGCUGAGCCCUCUAGUGGAGGACGGCGUCAAGCAGUGUGACCGCUACUGGCCUGAUGAGGGCUCCUCCCUGUACCACAUCUAUGAGGUGAACCUGGUCUCUGAACACAUCUGGUGUGAGGAUUUCCUGGUGCGCAGCUUCUACCUGAAGAACGUCCAGUCUCAGGAGACACGAACUCUGACACAGUUUCACUUCCUGAGCUGGCCUGCAGAGGGCAUCCCCACCACCACACGGCCUCUCCUUGACUUCCGCAGGAAGGUGAACAAGUGCUACCGCGGCCGCUCAUGCCCAAUCGUCAUCCACUGCAGUGAUGGCGCAGGAAGGACCGGGACGUAUAUCCUUAUCGACAUGGUUCUGAACCGAAUGGCCAAAGGUGUGAAGGAGAUUGACAUCGCAGCCACCCUGGAGCACGUGCGAGAUCAGCGACCUGGCAUGGUGCAGACAAAGGACCAGUUUGAGUUUGCACUGACAGCCGUGGCAGAGGAGGUGAAUGCCAUCCUGAAGGCCCUGCCACAGUGAUGCCCCACUCGGCGUACCCUAGCUUUGUGACUCCCCCUGACUCGAUCCCUUUUGCCUCUGCUGUGCCGUGUCCUUGCCUGGGAUGUUCUUCCUUCAUAAAGUCUAUUUCCAUGUUAUCGACCAUGACUGAAUUUAAGCUACGGGUGGUGGCCCCUCACCUGCCUGCCCCACUCCUCAGCCCCUAACCCUCCUCAUACUGUGGGGUGCUACCCUGCCCAUGUUCUCCUGGAACAGGGGUUGCCAGUGUUGUGCCCUCCACAUGCUGCUGGGCAACUACAACUCCCAGGAGCCCGAGCUAGCAUUGCAAAUAGCCAGUUUGUCGUCUAGCAACUUCUGGAGGUUGACUGCCCUUGCUCUGGACGCAGCCCUUAGUUAGUGGGAAGUGGGUACUUUGACACACUUUGGAGGUUAGUCUGUGCCCUAAUAAACAUGACUGGAUGUGCCACAGAGCAAUUCAAGGGGCUCUGCGCUCAGACACUGUGUUAAGACACCUUUCAAGGCAAGUUUUCCAAGGAGCCUCCUUUGUGUGUCCAGCCACUGUAGAUGUGCCUGCUUCUACAAAGGUGAGAGGUGUAGACUUUGUGGAUGCAUGUGGGCUCCUCAUCUAUACAGAAUGCUGCUUUGUCCCUGUGCCAUAAUCGGGGGUAAUAUCCACGACAAGGCACUGCUAGGGAAGCCUAUCUAAUUAAACCAUGUGGUCCUCAUGCCCCUUCCAUCUCUUCCUCCUCCAAUCAUCUCCUCACCUUCAAUUUGGAGCAGCCCCCAAAGGGUCCCUAGGUCUAGACAGGUGAGAGUGGGGAAAGCGUAACAAGGCUUCUACCCCAAUCGCUCCUUUCCCCUAUGUCAGGCAUGGCCAAACUUGGCCCUCCAGCUGUUUUGGGACUACAACUCCCAUCGUCCCUAGCUAACAGGACCAGUGGUCAGGGAUGAUGGGAAAUGUAGUCCCAAAACAACUGGAGGCCCAAGUUUGGCCAUGCCUGCCCUAUGUCUACUCCCCGUUACUUACAGCCUAGCAGCCUUUCCCUCCUUUUCCAAAAAAGGGGGCAGGGUGUUGCUCUGGGAGAGAUGGACCUAUGCCUGCUCCUCCCCACUAUGUUGCCCCGUCCACUUUCUCUCUGUGAUGUUACGUACACCAAGAGACAUUUCUAGAGAAUCUAAUUUUGUAUUUGAUGUGAAUAAAGUUUUUGUGUCGCGUUUGUGCAGCUGCA